AUGCAAUUUGCGAUCAUAGACGCUGUCCCUUUCCGGUUACCGCUGACAAGACGAAGUUUCAAUAUUGCUACCAUCGAAACUGACUGGAUCCACUCGAAAGCUACUGCGUAUCAUCCGGAACAUCCCUGGAAACAGGAAGAAACCUACUCUACAGACAAUGCAGCCCAUCCCCCUCUACCUCAUGCCAAGCGCACUACGCUUCAAAAUUUUGGCAAUGUGCAGUACAUUGGAUCUGUAGGCUUUGGACACCCCCCACAAUACCUGGACAUGAUAUUUGACACUGGGUCCAGUGAUACGUGGAUUCCUGGUAUAAACUGCACGAGCUAUGGCUCGCACCAUCAGUUUGAUAUACAGAAAUCAACAACUUGUCGUGAUACAGAUGAGAAGUUCUACGACGUGUAUGGAAGCGGCUCGGUGUCAGGCACAGUGGUAGUAGAUUCAGUGAGUAUCUCGGGUUACACAGUGAAUAGCGCUCGCUUUGGUGUAACCGAUGACGAGAGUGAAAUGCUGCAGGAUUUUCCGGCUGAUGGGAUUUUUGGAAUGGGGUUCGAGGGUCUUGCGCAUAUUAGUCGACCUACUGUGUUCGCGGCACUGGCAGGACAGAAUGCAGACCUGGAGAACAUGUUCGCCUUCUUCCUUACACAUGAAGCAUAUCUUACAGGCAGUGAGUUGCAUAUCGGAGGUUAUGACUUGUCAGUGGUCGGCCCGAACGCAUCAUUUCAUUACACGCCCGUGGUCAAACUGCCAGAGUUCGACUCCUUCAUGUACUGGACUAUCAAGGUAAACAACUUUUUCAUUCUCCCGCAGAGUAUUGACGUAGAUGAAAGCAACGGCAGGAGAUCCAAGACAGACGUUACCGCCAAUAUAUGCGCGCCAUUUUGUUAUGCUAUCAUUGACACGGGCACGUCGCUGAUCAGCGUGCCAGCGAGUCAGUUCAACGAGGUUGUCACUAAGAUUACGCGUGGACUUAACUGUGACGGCAUCGAUUGUGACUCCGUGUCUGUCGAGGACUUCCCGGUCCUGCAUUUUGGCAUGGAGCCGGACAACGUCUUUUUGCUGCAGCCUCAAGACUAUGUGCUGUGUUCGAAGUGGAGCCAGUGCAAGCUUCAGUUCCAGUCGACAACAGAUCGAUGGUGGAUUCUUGGAGACGUCUUCAUCAAGACAUACUACACAUUGUUCGAUGCCGAGCGUAUGCGCGUGGGCUUUGCGUGCGAUGGCGACGUCUGCCAGGGCGGCCAAGGGAAUAAUUAUGGAGACAACAGAGAGAGCCGCCUGCUCACCGCGUGGGAGAACGCCUUCUUUUUAGGCUCGUGCUUUGCGGCCGCAAGCAUGUUCCUAUUCGUGCUUCUAUUGAACCAACAGAACGAGGAGCCAUAUUUGCACCAAAUGAUAGCAUCCCUCGGCGGUCUCAUUGACCGGCGCGCCAACUCGUCGCAGGAAUUCCAGAUACAGAAUCCAAAACGGCCGCUUUUGUACGAGAAGAACAACCACGCGCGCUUGGCUUCUUUCACUAAUAACUCACAGACGUUGCACUACACUGAGGCGCGAUGA